CAUUUAUUCAAUUUUUUUAUUACAGUUUUUAAUUUAGUAUAAGAGUAAGACAGCAUGCGCGUGUUGGCGGUUGUUAUCGUCAUUUAUGUUUGCAUACAUAAAGCCCUUGCAGAAGCAAAAUGUGACGGCGGAUACUGGUCUCCUUUCUACAAUAGAGACGACCCAUCUGCUACAGGUGAUUGGGAAACUCUCCAUGCUCUCAGGAAAAAACACCCCGCAUUAUGCUCCAAACCACGUGCAAUAGAUGCCAGACUGUUCAAUGGGAUCCCUACUAUCUUGGAGGUGACCACGUUGAUAUCAGUCCAACCAAGGGUUUAGUUUGUGAGAAUAAGAAGCAGAAAGAUCACAAGUGUAACGAUUAUAAAGUUCGUUUCUGUUGUCAUUUUAAAGAGCCAUCUUGCAAAGGAAAGUGGACUCAAUGGUUUGAUCGAGACAAUCCUUCCGGUAAAGGAGACUAUGAGACUCUCUCAGAUUUAAUCACUGAAAGCGAAGGGGGUUCCAAAUACUACAUCUGUCACAAACCAAUCGGCAUCGACGCCCGAGCACUCAACCCUCACCGACCCUGGCAAGCAGUCUACGAAAAAGUUCACAUCUCAGCUGACAAAGGGCUUUAUUGCGUAAACAAAGAACAAUCGGACAGAAGAUGUGAAGACUACAAAGUUAGACUCUGUUGUCCUCCCAAGCGGAAGUAUGUACCAUAUCGUCCCCCUUUGAAUCAAGUUCACCAUAUCAAUGCUUCCAAACUCUUUGAAUGAAGCUCUUAUUUGUCGUGACUGGCCUCGGCUGCUAGAAUACCUUCGAACUAAAUAAACUAAAACCUUCUUCGGACUAAAAUUUCCUCUCUUGGUAUAGAUUUAGCGAUUUUGUUAUGUUCAUAU